GCCCGAUGGAGAGACCAUCAACAACUUCGGCCACAUACCGAUGCCAAUGAUAAUGAUAAUAUUCACAAAUGGACUCCUUUCCCUUCUCCAGCCGCUAUUCCUAACCCCUGUUAAAGGCUGUUCCGGGUGAUAACUUCCCUCUCCUGAGUAUAUCGCUGCAUCGGAUAUAGCCUCCUAAGCCGUGCUCAAAAUGCUCGGGUCUAUAGCAAGAUUUACCAAUGACUCCGUCGGUUUGGAGAAGAGUCUGAAAUUUGUACAAUCCGUGUCGCAAAUCGGAGAGAGCAUUGCGGCCCCUUACUUCUUUGAAGCCGCCCACUGGACCCUCGCGAAAGAGCAGGUCGGUCUAGCACGCCGAUACUUUCGACUUUUCAAGUGGAUCGACUGCUUCAAUGCCGCUCAGGCAGAAUAUGCGCGCAUCAACAACAAACCAGAAGUCAAGGCCGACGAAGUACAUGCACAAAAAUUGACAAGAACUAGCUCGGAAGACGAUGUGCGGCAGCUGCUCUCUGUUUCCAAGUGGUCGUUCCUCGGCAUUUACCUUUUUAUGGAAAUGUUCACGAUCAGCAACGCCUUGUCCAUCACAUCUUAUUCCUGGGGCCCAACGCUACAAAUGGAAUCGUUGAAGUUCUGGUUCUACUCCCUCGCCGUGUCCUUCGUGCUGGGCAUCUACGACCUUUGGUUGAUGUCCGCUGCCGAAUCUGAAUCUCAGCCUACUGAUACCAGUACGACGGACUCUGGUUCCACCGAAAACGAAAAGGCGACAAAAGGAGCACAAGCACCGCAACACACAAAAGAUGCGAGCGCUCAACUGUCUAGCAAGCGGCGAGCAAUAUACAAGCAAAUCGUCCAGGAUGGCUGCGACAUGCUUAUCCCCGCUUCGAUCGUCGGAUGGGUCCAGCUCGACCCUGUCACGGUCGGAGUCGCUGGAUCAAUCAGUGCUCUGUUGGGUGCAUCUGAUGCUUGGAACAGAGUUAAUCAGUGAUCAAGGAGAAGGAGCUAGCACUAGCUUCGCGGUCCAGUUGCAUAUGGGGGGCGGGAUCGCGAUCGCGAUCGCCGCUCGGGCAGCAUUGACGCUAGAGUGUUUCCAAGCCCGACCGGGGAUGUGACGUGCUUCCAUGUGGUCCACAAACUGCAGUUGCGUUCUGGGACAUGGAGCCAAUGUGAUGGGGGAGGGGUGCUCAUGCAAGGCUACCUUAGGUACCUACGGUACAGGUAUCCGGGUGUGACUUGCAGUGAGUGGGUUUGAUGGGUGUCACCGAGUCACUGAUUGCAACCCAACCCCUGGUGCCCCCAAUCUCAUCCAAGCGGCAACGUGGCACUGGCAGCGAUCUAGGACCGAUCGAUCUUCCUGGCUUGCAGCAUGACCCUGCGUGCAGACAGUCUGAUGUGACGGAUCGUUUUCGGUUUCGGUUCCCACCCGAGGAGCCUGCCAGGGCGUCUCGACGGUCGUCUGCCUCUACACUGGCAUCGAGAGGAUCCUCCGUGCAGGUACAAGUAGGGCGGGACAGCUGCGCGCUAUUCGUCCGAACGAGUUCCCUGAGUCCGGCUCAGCUCACCCGGGGCCCCUCUUCCCUGAUGACCAAGGUUGUACAGAUCAGAUUGUUGACGGACCAUUGGAUAGGCGGGCGCAUAAUGCAUUAUUUGUUAGCAAUCCACCGCUACCAGUGUGACUACCUAUGAAGAGGUCAUGUAAAGACAUGUAUGUCAUGUUGCCGGAAGUUGUUCAUCAGCAAACCCCGUUUCACUUCUGUCGACCACUACAGGGCAACAUGCUGAUUUCACGGCACAAGUUGAGACGAUUGUUUAGUUCCAAGAGCCAUCAUAAGGAGCUAUCCAUUGCAUUUUCUGUUCUUAUUCUAUGAUACUAGGUGCUGUCUAUAUUCUCUCACAGUAUCGUACUAUAUCAUCAUUAUCAUGGGUGGAAGUCUUUUUGUUCUCCGACCUACAUUACGG